AAAGUUGACUUGUUUGGUUAUGGCUGCUUUCUUGAACAAAAUGUUAAAGACAAUCGUCUGUCAAGUUUUAUUUUUGAUUUAACCGGGAAAAUACCCUUUAGGUGAGACGUUUACAGGAGAGGUGCAGUUUGUCAAAUUUAGUUAUUAUUAGUUGCACCGUUUCAGACAAGUAAGCCUUCGCCCACAGAAUGACCUACCUAGACAAAAUAUGUAGGCUGUAACGACUGCAAUUGUAUGCAAGUGUUGAUCAUUGACUUGGACAAGUACAGACAGACUGACACACAUGUACAGACAAACAGAAAGGCAGACAGACAGUAAGUAAGUAAUGUGACAAAUGAGCACAAUGUAAUUCUUUGGGAUGAAUAUAAGAAAGAAACAUUUGAAAUGUCAAUAUUGAUGUUGUGGUCUGACGAAAUACAGUUUUAACAAGGACAUCUUAACCUAGAUCCUGGGUAGGCUAAUAUCUCACUUGAAUCCUGUCCAGCUGUUCUAUAUAAGCAUAUAAACAAUAUGGGUUAAAGUAUUUAAAUAAUAUUGCACUGACUGUCACUAGAAAAGGUAAGGAACAUCUGCCUGUAACAGUCAAUCUUAGUCAGUCCACAAAGUUGCCUUUGCAUUGUGAGUCCGGCUCAGACGGAUUGAGAUGACAUAAAAGCUGCUUGCUGUGCUAUCACUUUAAACUUUCUGCCGAGUCACGCUUACCGGCAAAGUGAGUUGCAUAACCACUCUGCUCACUGUAAGCCUCCUCAAGGAUCCAGUAGGGGUCCCAGAGCUUUCUGGUAGGACCUGUCUCCUCCCCCCAUUACUCACUCCUCUACUGUACUACUUCUCCCCUUACAUGCUUAAAGCUGUCCUUUCCCUCUUCCUGGCUAAAUGAGAUCACUAUUGGACCCUUCCCAGCCAUUUAAGUGUUCUCCCUCAACUAUUUGAGUUGUGUUUUGGCUGCAGUUUCCGUUCCCCAUUUAACUUCUCUUAUCUGGACACGUUCACCUUGGCGUGAGGACACGGAGGCUGGUCUCGCCCAGACUGAAGUGUUUUGUUUAUUUUAUGCGCAGUUAUGGAAACCAGCUUGGCAGUGGUGUCGGACGGGGACGUGUCAUUGGUAGACUGUGGAAAUGUACUGAACUAGAAGACCAGGGAAAGAAUUGAAAGGCUAAUGGUUAACGUCCCUUUUUUUCUCUCCUUGCAGAUAAAAGCAUACAGUGGCCAUGGACCUGCAAGAUAAAGAUAUCCUUCCCAGAGAGAUUCUGCCAGUCAUUGUCAUUGGCAACGGCCCCUCGGGCAUCUGCCUGUCAUAUCUGUUGUCAGGUUACACCCCCUACCUGUCCCAAGACGGCACUCACCCUAACCCACUACUGCAAGGCAAGCUGGAUCAACAGCCUCACCUCUCACUGUUGGAGUUGGACCUGGAGUACCUGUGUGAGGGGCUAGAGGGCCGCUCCUCCAACCCCAUGGCCGUGCUGUUUGACUCCCUGCUCCUGCCCGACAGUGACUUUGGGCUGGACCACGCCUCACCCCUGCUUUGGCGCUACGAACCGGAGCGGGCCACCCCACACCUGGUGCUUGGUAAAGGACCCCCAGGAGGAGCCUGGCAUGCGAUGGAAGGCUCCAUGCUCACUCUCAGCCUGGCUAACUGGAUGGAACUGCCCGGCCUGAAGCUUAAAGAGUGGAUGAGAGAAAAGCGCAGGAACGUCCGUAACGACAGGGCCACUCCCGCCGAGAUCGCCUCCUACUACCAGCACUAUGUCAACCAGAUGGGCCUGGAGGACAGCUUUGCCUGCGGCACCACCGUCACCUCCAUACAGAGGGUGAACUGCGAGGGGGCCAGCGGCCGUCCCUUGUGGAAAGUCCAGGGGACCCAGAAGAGGGAGGCUGACGAGCUGGGGGAAGGAAGCCCGUCAGAGGUCCCCUUUACAGUUUGCGCAGACUACGUGGUUCUGGCCACGGGCACCCAUGACAUCCCGGCCCGUCUGGGUGUGGAAGGCGAGGGUCUCCCCUUCGUGUGCCACAGCUUCUGGGAGCUGGAGGCAGCAAUCUCCAGAGGCCAGCUGGACCACACCUCGGACCCGGUGCUUGUGGUGGGAGCCGGGCUGACAGCGGCCGAUGCCGUCCUGGCAGCCCACCACCUCAACACGCCUGUGUACCACGCCUUCCGGCGCUCGGUCACUGACCCAGGCCUCAUCUUCAACCAGCUUCCCAAGCUCCUCUACCCUGAGUACCACAAGGUGCACCAGAUGAUGACCCAGCAACAGCAACAGCAGCAUGGCCAAGACCUCCCCAGCUCUGGGGGAACGGGCGCCCCGAUGGACCAACAAGAAAACAACACCGCCUCCAUGUCUUCUGGCUCCUACCCAGGCUACGUCAGCCUGCCCAAACACCGGGUGGUGGCCUUCAAGCCUGACAGGAAGUGCGUGCUGGAGGGGGAGGACGGACGUCGCACAGUGCUCCAGGUCUCCAUGGCCCUGGUGCUGAUUGGCGCCCACCCCAACCUGUCCUUCCUCCCUGAGAACGGACGGCCCCUCGGCCUCAACCCCCAGGAGCCAAUCACGUGCCGGCGGAACCCCCUGGAAGUUGACCCAUACACGUACGAGUCGGUGUCGGAGGGGGGGCUGUACGCCAUGGGGCCUCUAGUUGGGGAGAACUUUGUCCGCUUCCUCAAGGGGGGUGCUUUAGCCAUCGCUAGUGACCUCGCCAAGAAGCAGCGGGCCAAGGAGGAGAAUCACACCACCCUGGGUGGUGUGGAUGGACAGACGGAGUCUGCGCGUGUCCUAGACUCCUAGGGGUUAAGGGUCGCGACAGGACUAAACUACUCCUAAGGCCUGUAUUAUUACGUAGGCUGGACUGGGCUGGUCAGCUCAGGCUAAAAGACUGAAGCACAAUCUGUGACAAUACGACCUGCACCAGUCCCUAUAUUCCUCAAGGGACAGCGAAUGAAUCUCUCAGCGGAACCAGAGGGAGUGGCAUUUCUGACUCUGUGAAUCUUUUUACCAGGGCAGGAAAGUAGGUCGGGUUGAUGUGUAGCUAAUCAUAUGAUGCCUGAGGUGCAAGGGUAGAAUCCAAAUGUCCUUAUAGAGUACCACAGUAUGAGUCAUAAUACCCAUAAAACCUAGCGGUCAAAUAGGCAAAUGGUUCCAAUAGUUUUU